AUGCUUCUCAUCGGCUCUGCUGGCUACAUCGUACUUACUGAGGGCGCACUUUCUGGGAGCAAAAGCAUCGUGGUUUUGUUUUCGUUUGGACUGGCUUUAUUUGCCGUCGGCAUCAUAGGUGUCUCAAUGGCCGUGACCGGGUCGCCGACAUUGAAAAUCCUGCUCUUUGGAGCCUUCUGUUCAGAGAGCAUUUCCCCUCAGCUUAACCAUUUUGGGUCUGGAGAAUGGUGCCGGUUGCCGUUUAUUAAUUUCAUAGUUUUUUAUGGAAAAAGAAUUGUGACAACACAACGAAUAUAUAUAGAGCCACAGGAAGAAGCCCAUUCUACAUUGUCGCUGAGCCUGAUUUUCUUGCAGUCGGUUGCGGGUAUGGGUCAUCAAUUCAUGGUUUCUGUUUGUAGGGAAGGAAAAUUCGGGCUUUUGCUUGAUGGGGACCUGUUUAGCGGACAAUCAAACCAAGUCUCUACAUUUGAUAACGACAUUUUGUCGUGCAGCCAAAAAUUCGAUAUCACUUCAGUUGAGUUUACAAAAUUGCGCUCAAUGUUUGUAAAAUCCACGGUUACAAAUAAAAUUCAACAUUUGCCAGUCAAAUUGGUUAUGAUGAGAACGCCGUUUCGCUCAAUCAUUACCACAAGUGUCCCCAAGCAGUGCAUUCAGGGCUCGCAAUAUGAAAAGCAUGCUUCGAUGAUUUUAAAAAACUAUGGCUUCUCGUGGCGACAACAAAUGGGGUCUCCAGGCGACGAGGGUGUCGAUCUUCGUGGCCAUUUGUCGCUGUCCGGGGCUCAUCUAUUCGAUGUGAUCGGGCAGUGCAAAUGCACCGAAAGAUCGCUCAUUGGACCAAAUUGUGUCCGGGAGCUAAUUGGAGUGCACAUGUUAAAGUCGGGCCACAAUAGCAUCUUUUCGCUGGUCUCUUUGUUUAUUUCGAAUGCAGAAUUAUCAAGCAAGGCAACCGAGGUACUUAAUCAUGCCCCCGUGCCGAUGGCGUAUGCCCGUAUUUCUCAUAUGGCCAUAUCUGACCAAGAAAACACAAGCAGCUGGCAGGGCGAGUUGGAAGCGUUUUAUUUAAAUAUGAAGCUGCAAGCCAUGGCGCCAGAAUUCACGGUAAAUCGGUUGCAUUGUGUUGACCGGUCAUAUCCGGUCUUUUUUUAUAAAGGAAAGCCGAUGCCGCUGCCCACGUGA